AUGAUGGAAGGUUCCAUCCCUUCGUCUAGUCUCUCUACUCCUACUCCUACUUCUUCUUCCUCGCCCGCCGCUCCCUCUCUAUUUCGUCCUCGCAGAUCGGAGGACUGGAACAAGUUCCGUCCCAUCAUCGAGCAACUUUAUCGCGAUGACCAGCUGAAACUCAAAGAUGUCAAGAGAAUCAUGGAGCGCAAUCACAGUUUCGUUGCAUCAGAAAAACAAUAUAAAGACCGCCUAGCGGCCUGGAACAUCCGAAAGAACAUCAAAGCCAAGGAAGUCAAUAUCAUGAUUCGCAAACAGCAGAAGAGAGCUGCGAGAGGCAAGCAAACUGUCUUUCGAGUGGCUGGCCAGAAAGUCGACACCAAACGCAUUGCUCGUUUCGUACGAAGAUACGGAACGAACUGGGACAACAACAAGCCCCGUCCUGUCGAACCUCAUCGAGACAGUCCCGACCCAUCAACUCCUUCGGAUAUGAGUUACUAUACUCCAGAGCCUGACGAACGAGCGACGACGCUGUCUCCUCAUCCAGACAACCAUGUGCAUCCCUUUGAUAAUUUAGAUUCUAUUCCCGAUUCCGAACUUGACGAAACCAAAUCCCUUCCGAUCACCCUUAGUCCGACCGCCUCAACAAACGAUACUCCCAGGCCCAUCGAAACGAUGUCUCCAAUAUCCGACGAUCCAUGGACAGCUCUUGCUAACUUCCAAACCAAGCUUCUGGAGCUCGGGGAAAGGCUCGAUAACUCAACGGCCGGGCUCUAUCCGGCUGAUGAACCCGGCCAACAGCAGCAGCAUUGA